GAGAGAAGCAGGAAGUAGCGGCGGCCGCGGGGAGGGCGGCGGCGGCGGCGGCGGUGGCGGCCGCUGCAGCGGGGGAGAGGCCGCCGGGGCCGGCCCGCGCCGGGGACGGAGCAAGGCUGGGACCUGCCAUCAUGGGGGACAUGAAGACCCCGGACUUUGACGACCUUCUCGCCGCCUUUGACAUCCCUGACAUCGACGCCAAUGAAGCCAUUCACUCUGGGCCAGAAGAGAACGAAGGGCCUGGAGGCUCAGGGAAGCCAGAACCCAGUGCGCAGGGCAGCGCCGCAGAAGCAGUGGCCUCAGCUGCGGGGGAUGGUCUUGGGGUCGCCGGCCAGGCCCCCGAGCACGGCCCGCCGCCGCCGCCGCCUGACAUCUCUGCCGUCAGCGUCAUCGUCAAGAACACUGUGUGCCCCGAGCAGGCGGAGGCCCUGCCAGCGAGCUCGGGGGCGCGGGGGGCGCGGGCCGGGGGCCUGGCGAAGGAAGGGCCCUUCGGACCGCGGCUGAUGCAGAACGGCUUUGGGGGCCCCGAGCCCUCCCUCCCAGGCCCGCCCCACUCCCCAGCCCCUCCCAGCGGGGGCACCUGGAAGGAGAAAGCCUCGGAAGGCAAAGCCCCCCUGGACCUCUUCGCUCACUUUGGCUCCGACCCCGGGGAGCACCCCGACCCCCUGCCGCCUGCCGCGCCGUCCCCCCCUCGGGAAGGGGCCAUGAGCCCCCCUCCUUUCCCCGCUCCCUUUGAGCUGGCCCGGGAGGACGCCGCCGCCCUCCUGCCCCCCGGGGCCUUGAAGCAAGAACCCUGCAGCCCCCUGCCCCUGCAGGGAGCCAGCCCCGAGGCCGCCAGCCUUCCUGCGGGCACCCUGCCGCCGCGCCUGCCGGGGGUCCCCUGCAUCAAGCAUUCCCCGGGGCACCAGAGCCCCCCUGCCUCCCCCACAGGCCCCAGCUGUCAGCCCCUGAAGGAAGAAGCCGAAGAGGGGCCUGUGGACAAGUCCCCGGCGGGCAGCCCCCACAGCCCCUCGAGCGGCGCCGAGGCCGCCGACGAGGAGAGCAACGACUCCCCGGCCUCGUCCGGCUCCUCGCGGCCCCUCAAGGUGCGGAUCAAGACCAUCAAGACGUCCUGCGGGAACAUCACCAGGACGGUGACCCGCGUGCCCUCGGACCCCGGCCCCCCCGCCCCCGCGCCCCCGGCGCCGGAGCCCCCGAAGGUGGUGAGCGUGCAGCUGGGGGACGGCACGCGGCUGAAGGGCACGGUGCUGCCGGUGGCCACCAUCCAGAACGCCAGCACGGCCAUGCUCAUGGCGGCCAGCGUGGCCCGCAAGGCCGUGGUCCUGCCCGGGGCCGCCGCCACCAGCCCCAAAGCGGUGGCCAAGAACGUGCUGGGGCUCGUGCCCCAGGCCCUGCCCAAGGCCGAGGUGCGGGCCGGGCUGGGCCCGGGCGGCCAGAAGCUGAACGGGGCCUCGGUGGUGAUGGUGCAGCCGUCCAAGGCCUCCCCCGGGCCCGGCGCCAGCGGGGGCACGGUCAUCUCCCGGACGCAGUCCAGCCUGGUGGAGGCCUUCAACAAGAUCCUCAACACCAAGAACCUGCUGCCCGCCUACCGGCCCAACCUGAGCCCCCCAGCCGACGCGGGGCUGGCCCUGCCGCCCUCGGGCUACCGCUGCCUGGAGUGCGGGGACGCCUUCUCCCUGGAGAAGAGCCUGGCCCGCCACUACGACCGCCGCAGCAUGCGCAUCGAGGUCACCUGCAACCACUGCGCCCGCCGCCUGGUCUUCUUCAACAAGUGCAGCCUGCUGCUGCACGCGCGGGAGCACAAGGACAAGGGGCUCGUCAUGCAGUGCUCGCACCUGGUCAUGCGGCCCGUGGCUCUCGACCAGAUGGUGGGCCAGCCCGACAUCACGCCCCUGCUGGCCGUCCCCCCCGCGCUGGGCACCCCGGCCCUGCCGGCCUUGGGCAAGGGGGAGGGCGCCGUCACCUCCUCGUCCGCCGUCGCCGCGGUGGCGCAGGAGGGCCCCGUGCUGCCGCUGUCCGCCGAGCCUGCCGCCGCCCCGGCCGCCGCCGCGUCCUCCUGCUUCCGCUGCCUGGAGUGCCAGGAGCAGUGUCGGGACAAGGCCGGCAUGGCCGCCCACUUCCAGCAGCUCGGAGCCCCCGGCCCGGGGGCCGCCAGCACCGUGUGCCCCACCUGCCCCAUGAUGCUCCCCAACCGCUGCAGCUUCAGCGCCCACCAACGCAUGCAUAAGAACCGGCCGCCCCACGUCUGCCCCGAGUGCGGGGGCAACUUCCUGCAAGCCAACUUCCAGACGCACCUCCGGGAGGCCUGCCUGCACUUCUCGCGCCGCGUGGGCUACAGGUGCCCCAGCUGCGCCGUGGUGUUCGGCGGGGUGAACUCCAUCAAGUCCCACAUCCAGACGUCGCACUGCGAGGUGUUCCACAAGUGCCCCAUCUGCCCCAUGGCCUUCAAGUCCGCCCCCAGCGCCCACGCCCACCUCUACACCCAGCACCCCAGCUUCCACGCGCAGCAGGCCAAGAUGAUCUUCAAGUGUGCCAUGUGUGACACCGUCUUCACGCACAAGCCACUCCUGUCCUCACACUUCGACCAGCACCUGCUGCCCCAGCGCGUCAGCGUCUUCAAAUGCCCGUCCUGCCCGCUGCUCUUCGCCCAGAAGAGGACCAUGUUGGACCACCUCAAAAACACCCAUCAGUCGGGGUGCCCGGGGGAGGACACUGCCGGGAAAGGGGCGAGGGGCUCCCUGCUGACCCCCAAGACUGAGCCCGAGGAGCUGGCCGAGUCUCGGGCGGGGGCUGCAGCCCCUACCGAGGACUCCUCGUCGUCGUCGGAAGAGGAAGAAGCCCCCAGCUCCCCCGAGCCCCCUCGGCCUAGCAAGCGGCCCCGGCCCCCCCGGAGGGAGCUGGGGAACAAAGGGGUCAAGGGGGGCGGCGGGGGGCCCGGAGGCUGGACCUGUGGCCUUUGUCACUCCUGGUUCCCUGAGCGUGACGAGUACGUGGCCCACAUGAAGAAGGAGCACGGCAAGUCCGUGAAGAAGUUCCCGUGUCGCCUGUGCGAGCGCUCCUUCUGCUCGGCCCCCAGCCUGCGGCGCCACGUCAGGGUCAACCACGAGGGCAUCAAGCGCGUGUACCCCUGCAGGUACUGCACCGAGGGGAAGCGGACCUUCAGCAGCCGCCUGAUCCUGGAGAAGCACGUCCAGGUCCGGCACGGGCUGCCGCUCGGGGCCCAGUCCCCUGGCCGGGGGGCGGCGCUGGCCCAGGGCCCCGCCGCCAGAGCCCAGGGCCAGGCCCGGAAGCGGCGCCAGUCCUCGGACUCGUGCAGCGAGGAGCCCGACAGCACCACCCCGCCGGCCAAGUCCCCCCGGGGCGCCCCGGGGGCCGCGGAGCCGAGCCCGGUGCUGGGCCUGCGGGUGGAGGGCGGCGCGCAGCAGUGCCUCGACUGCGGGCUGUGCUUCGCCUCCCCGGGCUCCCUGAGCCGCCACCGCUUCAUCAGCCACAAGAAGCGCCGGGGCGCGGGCGGCGCGGCCCUGCGGGGCCUGGCGGACGCCGAGGAGGAGGGCGCUGCUCCCGCGCGGUCCGACCCCGAGGGCGGGGACUCGCCCCUGGCCGCCCCGGGGGGCCCGCUGACCUGCAAGGUCUGCGGCAAGAGCUGCGACAGCCCCCUCAACCUGAAGACCCACUUCCGCACGCACGGCAUGGCCUUCAUCAGGGCCCGGCAGGGGGGCGCCGGGGACAGCUAGGCCGGACCCGGGCCUCGGACCCGGGCCCCGCCGCAGGCCUCUGCCGCCCCCGCCCCCACGCCGGGCCCCAUGCCUCCCACCGAGCCCAACACUAAUGACCCUCCUGCGCCGCCCGGCUUCCCGACCCCGCCGACCGACCCCAGGCUGGGACGGGCCCGGACAGGGCGUUCGCGAGCCCGCUGACGGCCAGGGGGGGCCCGGCCAGGGACGGGCCCCCCAUCCCUGCAGCACGGCCCCCCAGCCCCCAGCACUCAAGCCCCUCGCCCCUGCAGUGCCUUUUACUUGUGUUUAUUUUUCUCCCCCAGAGACCCCAGGGGGCGGGGUGGUGGCGGUGAGGCCC